CUGGCAGCAAGUUCAGAUAGGAACAUUGCAGUGGCUGCAGCAGGAGACGGGAUUGAUAUCACUACUGGCAGCAUCUUGACUCUUUAUUCUUCAAUGACAGCUAAUAGCUAACUUUUCUCACGUCCCCUCUACAGCUCAUACCAAACUAUGCGUGGGGUCCAAAUCUUCUCAGGCAGCUCGCAUCCUACCCUAACAGAGGCCAUUUGUGAACGUCUAGGCACGCUCCCGGCCAAAUGUGAACUCCGCAAAUUCAGUAAUGGAGAAACAAGCGUCAAUAUUGGUGUUUCUGUGCGGAACCAGGAUGUUUUCAUUGUGCAAAGUGGAAGCUCCAAGAUCAAUGAUAGCGUUAUGGAACUGCUUAUCAUGAUAUCCGCUUGCAAAGGUGGCUCUGCUAAAUCAAUUACCGCGGUGAUGCCUUAUUUCCCCUACUCUCGUCAAUCAAAAAAGAAGAGCCACCGUGGCGCGAUAACCGCUCGAAUGCUUGCCAAUUUACUCACUGUCGCCGGCGUAGAUCAUAUAAUUACCGUGGAUUUACAUGCAUCUCAAAUGCAAGGUUUUUUCGGAAGACCUGUCGAUAACCUAUUUGCUGAGCCGUUGAUUGCGCGCUGGAUCCGGAUGAACGUGCCUCGCUGGAAUGAAGCCGUCGUAGUCACAAAAAAUGCCGGAGGAAGCAAAAGGGUGACAUCCUUGGCGGAUGCGCUGAAGCUAAACUUUGGUAUCGUGAACACAGAUCGGAGCCGGGGAAACACGAACAGUGGAUUGUCAGGAAGCGCUAUAUUUUUCGAUUCUGUUGAUCGCGGUCUUCCCUCGCCGCUGGACGAACAAGCCCCUGUAGAUCCGAUUCCUCAGACCGAACCACCCGCGUCCCAACCUCCCUCAACCAGAGUUCCCGUUCGACCUUCUCAACGAAAUGUCUCACCUAGUCCAUUGGCACGAACGGCGUCUGCCGCGGAGUCUGAAUCACCACCGUCGCCACCACACGCCUCGGCCACUGCCUCGCAACAAAUUGAAUCGUCAUUUUCUGCGCGCCGUCCUUCCGAGCAAGAGGCCGCGUUCGAGUACACCGAUGAGCGCGCGCGAGAGGUGAUCACAGGUAGAUUGGUGCAGGGCCAUAUUGUUGACGAUGACUACUCUUCGCCAAUUCUCUCGUCAACUUCUGUUAACACGAUUUCUGGAGAUCGGAAUGGCACCGAAUAUGAACCACCCUCACGGGAUCCCAUGACCUUAUCUUUUAUCUCCAACGCAUCGUCCUUCCAUCCUGACCAUGCCCUAGGAGGCUCAUUUGAUGCUGCCGCUUCCUCCGACGAAGAAGAUAAUAAGCAGGAAAUGUUCACCCGUGAGAGGACGGUAACACUCGUCGGUGAUGUGAGGGACAAAAAAGUGUUUAUCGUCGAUGAUAUGAUUGAUAAGCCGGGUUCGUGGAUCGCAGCUGCAGAGACAGUGGUGAAGAGGGGCGGGGCCAAAAAGGUGUACUGCAUCGCCACACAUGGUUUGUUCAAUCAUGACUCACUGCAGGAGAUGGAGGCCUGCAGGUGUAUCGAUUAUAUUGUAAUCACCAAUUCGUUUCCGAUCCCCCCGAAUGCGAAAGAGUUGAAAAAAUUGAUAGUUAUUGAUUUAUCGGCGCUCCUAUCAGAAAGCAUAAGGCGUCAUCACUACGGAGAGAGUAUCUCCGCCUUGUUCCAAAGUAAUGACUAGCGAUUGCCACCUCCCUACCCAGUGGGUUCCAGGGGUCUUCAGGGGUCUUUGGGGAUCUUGGGGGUCCUUUCUAACUUGUAUUUUCUUCUGUCACAAUUUGACUUUCUUUCUUUACACGUUUACUUUUCUUCCCUACAACACAGUUCUUCUUCCUAAGAUAUUGUUCUGCUAGAGUGCCGCUUUGUUCUGUAACGAUUAUGUCAUGGUGCCGUCUUUGCCGGAGGAUAGAUGGCUUUUAUCGUGGGAUAUUUCCAUUGCGUUGCUACCUCUGUCGCAACACAGCUCUUAUUAUGGUCUGGUAUGUCGCCAGUUGUGCUAGAACUUGUACUCUAACUCGCUGAACGAGCUACGAAACCACCACCUGCGAAAGUGGCCAGAGUAGAUUAGAUCUCGGGGACCAAAUAUCUACAUAUACUGAAU